AUGUCCAAGCCAUUCAACCCCGAGGAGGCGGAGAACCUGGAGGAUAUGGAGAAGCAGUUCGCUGUCAAAGCUGUCGAACACCUCAUGACAUACUGGGCUAUUUUGGAGAAGGUCAAGGGCUCCCAACUGCGCCUGACCAAGCAGGACAACGAGAUCUACGAGUCAUUCAUGGAGGCAUUCCCCGACUUCGAUCCUGCCGGAACCCUCGUCGAGGACGACAUGAAGAGCAAGGCGGGCAAGGAGAAGUGGCGCACCUGGAUGAACAAGUGGCAGAAGGUCGAGGACUACAACUUCGGCACCAUCAUCCGUACCCGCGCGGACGCCGAAUACGACCAGGACACCACUAUCUUUGGUGUGCGCAUGCAGUUCUACGCUGUUGAGAUUGCCAGAAACCGCGCUGGUCUCAACGAUUGGAUCUACGAGAAGGCUUCCAAGGCUAGCUCUUGA